AGUGCAAAAUGAAAUCCAUGCUCAUUUUCGGUCUUUUGGCCAUGUGCGUGCUGGUGGCCAGUGCCAGUGAAGAGGCCGCACCUAAGAAGGCAGCCGAGCCCGUGGCAGAAGCCAGCGCAACAGCAGAGAAGAAGCAAGAGAAACGCGGCAUUGGUCAUGGUCUGGGUUAUGGCUAUGGUCCAUCGGCUGGUGGUGCCAUUUUGGGAUCAGGAAUCGGUGUUGGCAUUGGUCACGCUGUGGCUGCUCCCGCUGUCGCUCAUCUGCCCACUCAAGUGCACACCAACACUGUGAUCAAGACCGUCCAGGUGCCCUACCAGGUUGAGCGUCAUGUGCCUUAUCCAGUUGAGAAAACCGUUACAUACCCCGUUAAAGUGCCCGUGCCCCAGCCCUACCCAGUCGAGAAAAUCGUCCAUGUGCCCGUGAAGGAAAUCAUCAAGGUCCCUGUGGAGAUUCCUCAGCCUUACCCCGUCGAGAAAAUUGUUAAAGUGCCCGUCAAGAUCCCAGUCGAUCGUCCAUACCCUGUCCAUGUAGAGAAGCCAUACCCAGUUCCAGUGGUGAAACCCGUCCCUUACACCGUUGAGAAACGCGUCAUCCACAAGGUGCCCGUCCAGGUGGAUCAUCCCGUGCCAUACAAAGUCGCCGUUCCCGUGCCAGUUCAUGUUGAGAGCCACGUGAAACCCGCUGUGGCUGUUACCCACACCGUGGCCGCUGCUCCUGCUAUUUAUAGCCACGGAAUCUCUGGACAUGGCAUCUCCGGACACGGAAUUGAUAUUUCUGGACAUGGCAUCUCCGGACACGGUAUCUCAUAUGGUCCAGCCAUCUCUUCUUACGGUGUUUCUGGCCAUGGUGGCUACCUCCACAAAAAGUAGAUAAAUUUUCUUUUGCUUUGGGAGAAUUGAAAUCGGGUGAAGGUGAGCGAGCACAAGUCGAAAUUAUCCCGUUUCCCCCUCCCUAUAUUUUGCUCCCUCUCUUUGUCCUUCCCACCCCCAAAAAACAAAAAAAACAAAAAGAAAACCCAUCAACGACUUACAACUUUAGUUCUUAGUUUGUGAUACCAACCGCAAAAUUAUUGAAUAGGGAAAACGAUCGAAAGUCGGGAAAUUGCCCCCGCACGGAAAAGUCGUUAUCCCAUUUCAUGUGUACAGUUCGUUCCAGACAGAAAAUCAAAAACGAGUUUGCUCCUUCGACUUUUUCAUGUCAAAUUUCUUUUCUAUGAAAUGUUUUGUACAUA